GAUGGGCCAGGGCCGCCGAGGGGUAUCCGCCUGCAUCCUCCUCGCCCCCCGGCCUGACGUCGCCCUCUGCCCCUCCGCCCUCCGCCAGGCACACGUCCUUCAAGCGCCACCUGCCCCGGCAGAUGCACGUCUCCAGCGUGGACUACGGCAACGAGCUGCCGCCCGCGGCCGAGCAGCCCACCAGCAUCGGCCGCAUCAAGCCCGAGCUCUACAAGCAGAAGUCGGUGGAUGGGGACGAUGCCAAAUCCGAGGCCGCCAAGAGCUGCGGGAAGAUCAACUUCAGCCUGCGCUACGACUACGAGAGCGAGACGCUGAUCGUGCGCAUCCUGAAGGCCUUCGACCUCCCCGCCAAGGACUUCUGCGGCAGCUCCGACCCCUACGUCAAGAUCUACCUCCUGCCGGACCGCAAGUGCAAGCUGCAGACCCGGGUGCACCGCAAGACCCUGAACCCCACCUUCGACGAGAACUUCCACUUCCCCGUGCCGUACGAGGAGCUGGCCGACCGCAAGCUGCAUCUCAGCGUCUUCGACUUCGACCGCUUCUCCCGCCACGACAUGAUCGGCGAGGUCAUCCUGGACAACCUGUUCGAGGCCUCCGACCUGUCCCGGGAAACCUCCAUCUGGAAGGACAUCCAGUACGCCACGAGCGUGAGUACAGCCCCGCCCCCUGGGCCUCGCAGGCUCGUAGUUCUGGGUCGGGCGGGGCGUGUCCUCAUCCUCAUCACCCCAGAUACGAAUGGGCCUUUGCCCUUCAGGAUGUGAAGGGAGGACUUGGAAACUGACCAGCGGCCCAGCCAGCCCUGGGGCAGUCCUUGCAUUCCGCCCCAGGUUGGGGUGGAGGACAGCAGACCCCCACAUGCGUGAGAACG